AUGGACGACUUUUACCUCAAUCUACUAGCUUGGAGCUCGGGCAAUAUCCUUGCCAUUGCUCUCGGUGAAUGCGUGUACCUCUGGGCGGCUGAAACAGGAACUGUCACCCAUCUUUCAACUGCUCCAUGCGACCCCACAACCGAACAGCCUAUUACUCACGUCACAGGCUUGGAUUGGUCACUGGACGCUGCCUACCUUGGUAUCAGUUACGCCAACGGUACGAUCGAGGUCUGGGAUGUCGAAAGUGGUUCUAAACUUCGUAGUAUGAUGGGACGCCAGGGACAAGUUGCUUGUUUGGCCUGGAACCAGCAUAUUCUUGGGAGCGGUGUGCGGUUUGAAGUGGCAACCUGCGAACGCAAAUGGAUCUGGCGGAGGAUGCUGGGGAUGUUGGCUAGUGGAGGCAACGAUAACGUUGUUAAUGCUUGGGACAGUCGUGUUGGUUCCGGUAGUACUUCCAACGGGACCCGGGCUCAACCCAAAUGGACCAAGCGCAAUCAUACAGCAGCCGUAAAGGCUUUGGCAUGGUGCCCAUGGCAGCCUAAUUUGUUAGCUACAGGUGGAGGCACAGGAGAUGCCAUGAUUCACUUCUGGUCUUCAACCUCUGGGGCACGAGUGAACUCACUCUCAACUCCGGGCCAGGUCACUUCGCUUGUGUGGAGCCAGCAUUCAAAGGAGCUGUUGUCCACACAUGGGUUCCCGCACAACGCAGUGAUGGUGCAUUCGUAUCCCGGUAUGGGCAAGAUUGCGGAGAUCAAAGAUGCUCACGAUACGCGCGUCUUGUUUUCUGCCGCAAGUCCAAAUGGAGAUGUCGUUGCUACUGGCGCGGGAGAUGAAAACCUCAAAUUCUGGAAAAUCUGGGAAAUUCCGAAAAAGACGGCAGUCCGAAAGCGAGAGGAGGAUAGCCGUCGCACCUCUGUUAGCAAGGCUAUCCGACAUUCAAAGUGGCAAGGCGCGAUGUGGAGAGAACAAAAGAAGAUUCGUCUCAGUCAACAGCUCGCGCUGACUGGCCCUGAUAUGACGAGUUUGAAUAUUGCAAAGGGGACAAUUGUGGACAUUUUGUAG